AUGUCAGGCCAAACAGGCAAAUGGCGAGAAGAGCAGGUCCUCGUCAUCUGCCCCGGCAGCUCGACAACCAUGGCCCAGCUCGGUUGCGGCGAACUCAGCCCGCCCGCCCACCGUUUUCCGACGCGCAUGUUCAGAGACGAAGAGACGGGUCAAUGGAGGCCUUACCAUACUUAUAAGCGGAAGAAGGCUGCGGCUGUGUCUGCGCCUGUGGCCGAGGGAGAACAAAAACCAGAAGAACCAAAGCCAGAAGGGGGAAAGAAGGAAGAAGACGAGUGGGAAUAUGUCGAGGACCAGGAUUCGGACGAGGGGGCUGUUUAUCCUAUUCAGGGCGGCCACAUCGUCGUAAUGGAAGCCUUCCUCGCCUUCCUCGAACACGUCCACUCCAGCCUAACCACCACCUACCACAAUACGCCCAUAAUGCUCAUGGCCUCCCCGCAAUGGACACGCCCAGACUGCGAAACCCUGGCCCGUUACAUCUUCGAGAAGACCAAAACACCCGCCCUGUGUCUGAUCAACUCCGCCAUCGCGACCCAGUACGGCCUCAAGUGGCCCAACAUGACAGUCGUCGAUAUCGGGUUCGAGAAGGUCGACGUGACGUGCAUCUACGACAGCAGGAUCGUGGCGCAUCGGGAUGUUGGGGCCGGGUGGCCAGGGAACAGCGCAGAAGAGGAAAGGGAAAUCAGCGGUGGAGAGGUCUUCACACGGAGACUGCAGCAGCUGCUGAAGGACAAGAUGAAGGGCUUCAACCGCGAAAUGGCGGAGCAACUGAAGAAGAGUAACAUCUGCGAAGUCCUGCCUUACGCGCCGGACAAGCCCAAGCUCAUGGAUCUCCCUACUGAGGAUGUCCCUGUUGCUGUGGCUGCUACUACUGGAGCGGCGGCGGCGGCGGCGGCUUCGGGCACGACGACAGAAGGACCGAAGAUUGUUGAGCCGGUUGCUGACGAACCUACCUACGACGCUGACGGAAACCUGGUGGAUGAUGAGGGCGUGCUCGACGUUGCGAAUAUCGUGGCUACGGGACAGACGAGGGAGUUCUUGGCCAAGAAGGAGAAGGAGAAGCAGGAGAAAGCGAAGAAGAAGGGCAAAGAUAAGGAGGCCGAGGCGAAUAGGGUGAUGAGGUUGCCCAACUCUAAGAGGGUGAAGAACAUUUUUCACUUUGAGGAGUAUGUUACCGAGGAGGUCCCGAUUGUUCAGCCUGCUCCGCCAGCACCGGCACCGGCACCGGCACCGGCAGCACCAGCGACGACUGAAGCGGCUAAGGAUGUUGAGAUGGCUGAUGCGCCAGCACCAUCAGCGGAGGGAGCCGAGAAGAAGGACCAGGAGAAGAAGGAUGAAGCUAAGACCGAGGAGCAAAAACCGGACGCCUCUGCUACGGACGACAAGAAGCCCGAAGAAAAACCAUCCGAGCCCGCACCAGCACCCACCACCGAAGCGCCAAAGGCCCCCGAGCCCGCUGCUGCCCCCGCCCCUCCCGCACCAGAAGGCCCCGUCCUUACCGAGCGCCAAACCAAGCGCAUCCGGCGGGACAUUGAAGUCGGUCUCGAGCGCUUCGAGUUCGCCGACCGCGCCGAGAUCGACCGCAUCGUCACCGCCAUCUACAACGCCGUCCAGUCCAUCGACGACAUGUACAUGCGCCCUCCCUGCUGGGAAUCUCUCGUCUUCGUCGGCAACGGCGCCCGCAUCCGCGGUCUCAAGGAGAACAUCCUCCAAACCCUGCAAGCUCGCCACCUCAUCUCCCCCUCCAGCGCAACCAUGUUCACCUCCGAACUGCCCUCCAACAUCGGCACCCCCACAGCCGGCACUCCCGGCCCAGGGGCUUUGACACCUAUUGCCAGCGGCCCUGGUGCGCAGUCCGGGUCACUCCUCCAAGCAGCAACCACCGCUGCGGCGAAUGCUAACCUGAACGUACCUGGUGCCCAGGGACUCCAAGGAGGGGAGGGGCAGCUGGGACAGCAUCACUUCCACAGCCAGACGCCGACGAAUAUUAAGUUGGCGCAGCUGCCGACGUAUUUGAGCGAGUGGACCAAGAACGGGUUCGAGGAGGCCAUGUUCCUUGGUGCGCAGGUCGCCGCUAGGAUGGCGUUUUGCAUACAUAAUUUUGAUGCGCAGGGGUUGGAGAUGCAGAGGUAUAUGAGUUUGUCGAGGGUUGAUUAUAAGUGA